GCGUUGCAGGAUGUUGUGCCAAAACAACUACUGCACCACUGGACCGAGUAAAGAUUUUGCUGCAAGCUCAUAACCACCAUUACAAACACCUAGGAGUGUUUUCUACAUUGUGUGCUGUCCCCAAAAAGGAAGGUUACCUUGGGCUGUAUAAAGGAAAUGGGGCAAUGAUGAUUAGAAUCUUUCCAUAUGGCGCAAUUCAGUUUAUGGCAUUUGACCAAUAUAAAAAGGUAAUAAAGAAGCAACUUGGGAUUUCAGGGCAUGUGCAUCGAUUAAUGGCUGGAUCCAUGGCAGGUAUUACAGCAGUGAUUUGUACUUACCCUCUUGAUAUGGUUAGAGUUCGUCUGGCCUUCCAAGUAAAAGGGGAACACAAGUACAUGGGAAUUAUCCAUGCAUUCAAGAUGAUUUACACAAAGGAAGGUGGGUUUAGUGGAUUCUACAGAGGGCUCAUGCCAACUGUUGUAGGAAUGGCACCAUAUGCAGGUUUUUCAUUUUUUACCUUUGGUACCUUAAAGAGCAUUGGACUUGCUCAAGCACCUAACUUGCUUGGACGGCCUUCAUUAGAUAACCCUGAUGUCUUAGUUUUGAAAACACACGUUAAUCUGCUGUGUGGUGGCAUAGCUGGAGCAAUAGCUCAGACGAUAUCAUAUCCCCUUGAUGUAACUCGUAGGCGAAUGCAGUUAGGAGCAAAUCUCCCAGACUCUGAAAAGUGCCUUACAAUGGUGCAGACGCUGAAAUAUGUGUAUCAACAGCAUGGAAUACGAAGAGGAUUAUACCGUGGCUUAUCUCUAAAUUAUAUUCGCUGUAUUCCCUCCCAGGCUGUGGCUUUUACCACAUAUGAACUUAUGAAACAAUUCUUGCACCUCAACUAAUUUUUUUUUUAGAAGGCUUUCCUGUAAAACUAGACUAUCAGUCCUCAAAUUAUAUUGGUGAGUAAAUUACUUGAAGUUCUAAGAAAAUCUGUCUGUACUGUGGAACUGCUUUUGUCUGACAUCUUCAUUUGCCAAAAUGUGGUUCACUUGCUAGAGUCGAACCAGAAGAUUGAUCAAAAUAAACAUUAGUUAGCUAUAAACAUGUUUUUUGCACUUGAUCUUCUAGGCUUCAUUAGAUUAAUGCUAGGAAUUACACAUUUUUAAAAGCACACCCAUAUUUUAUACGGGUUUUAAGCUGUUAGAUACUGAGCUUUAUCACUGUCCUUGGAGUUACACACAUGGUAAUAUGGCUUUUUAAGCUAGUAUUUAGACAUCUCUUCUUUAA